AUGUUCGUCAUGAUGGCGGACGGUGUGAAGAAACCAGAAAACAUGUGCGAGCUUUGUGCCACAGUCAUUACCGGUUUAGAGUCUGUGGCGGUGCUAGAAUGUCAAGAAAAACUCGAUUUUAAACCUGUAAGGGAAAGAGGAAGAAUUUACUUCGAUAUUUCUCUGGAUUCUUUAGAAACGGCGAAAAACUUGCGUUCAAUUGAGAGAUUAUUUGUUGUUGUGGAUCGAAUUGAGGAUUUUGGCUCAACGAAAGAAAACAGUGACGUUUUACAGAAGUUUUACGAUCUUGCAAAGCAGCUUCAUUGGAAAUCAGCGCUUGAAACUUGGAAAGCUUUCACUGGGUACCAGGGCCCCGUGACAAAAACAGAUGAUGACGUUGCUAAGCAACUAUCUGCUGAGGAAAUCAAGUCCUUACCUAGUUUUCGUGUCACAUGCUCACGCAGUGGAAACAAUCAUGACUUUAAAUCAUCUGAUGCAGCAGCUCAAUUAGGAGGCGGUCUGAAUGACUUAUUUCACUGGCCUGUCAAUCUAUCUAAUGCCGACAUUGAAAUUAUACUUAAUGUUGUUGAUGACAGAGUUGUUGUUGGUGUUGCCCUUACAAGGGAGACACAAGGGCGGAGGAAUAUUGAACAUUUUGGUCCAACUACCCUAAAAUCUUCCUUGGCGUACUGUCUCUUAAAACUUGCCGAUAUAAAAACAGGCAAUGGACUUCCAUUCAGUUUCCAUCUUGUCUCUGUAGGUGAUGUGGUUUGUGAUCCCAUGUGUGGAGGGGGCUCUAUCCCAAUAGAAGCCCUACUAAACUGGCCUUUGUGUGUCCAUAUAUGUGGGGAUCACCAUGAGCUAGCUCCAUCAAGGACUCUGGCCAACCUAUCAGCUCUUACGUCUAAGCAAAAUAGAAAGCUUCCCCUUGACAUUUAUCAAUGGGAUGUCUGCAAUCUUCCUUUCAAGACAAAUAGCAUGGAUGUGAUUGUCACUGAUCUGCCAUUUGGCAAGAAGAGCGGCAGCAAACAGAACAACUGGAGCCUGUACCCCCAGGCGCUUGAUGAGCUUGCACGGGUGUGCCCCCCCAAGACGGGACGUGCUGUUAUUCUGACACAUGAUAAGAAGGCCCUAGCAAAGACACUACAGCGAAUGCAAAAGUGGUGGAAGGUGAAGUUGACAUUGUGGGUGAACAUGGGAGGUUUACAGUCAGGGGUGUAUUCACUGCUAAGGACAACCAACAGCAAGUAACAAGUGCUGACUAUGUACUAUCUUUUUUCUGCAUGAACAAAAAAUACGGCAGAGAAUGCAAAAGUAGAGCAAGUUGACUGUGUGGUCAAAAUGAUAGUUGACUUUGUGAUAAUCAGGAAAAUAAACAGGAACAGAUCGGUUUAUCAAAAUAAAAAAAAUAAAACUCA